CACGUGUGAGAUUUGUCAAUGCCCAACCAUCAGCUUGUGGUCCGAAUGGACUGAUGAAGGAUCUUGCUCAACGACCUGUGGUCAGGGGACACAGAUGCAAUCACGCGACCGGACCUGUACCAAUUCGACCUGUUGUCCGGCCAACUUGGAAUUAAGCCAGACACAAAAUAACACGUGUGAGAUUUGUCAAUGCCCAACCAUCAGCUUGUGGUCCGAAUGGACUGAUGAAGGAUCUUGCUCAACGACCUGUGGUCAGGGGACACAGAUGCAGUCACGGGACCGGACCUGUACCGAUUCGACCUGUUGCCCGGCCAACUUUGAAUCAAGCCAGACACGAAAUAAUACGUGUGAGAUUUGUCCAUGCCCAGUGAUCGGCCCCUGGUGCCCGUGGGGUAAUACUUGUCCGUGUUCAGUGACGUGUGGACGUGGAACACAGAGGCAGGCUCGCAAUCGGGCCUGUGUUAAUACUUGCACGCCCCCUGACUGUAUUAAACGUGAGGAGAGAACGGUCACUUGCACUCAAGCCCCGUGUCAUACUGCUUGGACGACAUGGAACAGAUGGUCAGGAGCGUCGACAUGGAACAGAUGGUCAGGAGCGUCGACAUGGAACAGAUGGUCAGGAGCGUCGACAUGGAACAGAUGGUCAGGAGCGUCGACAUGGAACAGAUGGUCAGGAGGGUCGACAUGGAACAGAUGGUCAGGGUCGACAAGGAACAGACGGCGAGGGUCGACAAGGAACAGACGGCGAGGGUCGACAACGAACAGACGGCGAGGGUCAUGGCGGCGUAGAUUUUAUUGGGGAUAA